CCAGGGCAUUUGGUUUCAUUUCUCCGGCUGUUGGUAAAGAGGAAACAGUGGGGAGGAGGGGUUCGCACACAUAUAAAAGGGAAGCCCUGGACGGGAGACAAGGGAUUGGCCCAGUGUCGGUUCCGAAGGCGCACAGAGCUUGUCAAGAAGAUUGGGGGUGCUAAGCAACGGGAAAGGAACCCACCACGUGCAACUGGUCUCCAGUUGAUGCCCAGAGCCCACAGGCCUUGGCCACACAGAAGCACAAUCGGUUUUCUUCCCAACGCUAUCCGAAAACAGCAAUGAACUUCUCCCAGCCACAGCCACCGCUACGGCUAUUUGAAGGAGCAGGAGGACAAGUGAGGUUUUCCCCAAAAUGGUCAAUGGGGGAGAAGGACACUGUUAAACUCAGCAAGAACUUCAACUUGAUGGCAGUGAAUGUUCCGCUGCCAGCAGAAAACAGGGGCCAAGAGAGGACACAGCAAAUCCUCCCCGGCGGUGGGAACCUUCCCACGGGCCAAGGACAUGAAGCCGCCCAGGGGCCCGAGAACAGCCUGUUCAGCCAGUAUGAGGAGAAGGUGCGUCCCUGCAUCGACCUCAUUGACUCGCUGCGGGCCCUGGGCGUGGAGCAGGACCUGGCCCUGCCUGCCAUCGCGGUCAUCGGGGACCAGAGCUCGGGCAAGAGCUCCGUGCUGGAGGCGCUGUCGGGCGUCGCCCUUCCCAGGGGCAGCGGAAUCAUAACCAGGUGUCCGCUGGUGUUGAAACUGAAAAAACAGCUGGGGUACGAGUUCCCGUGGAAGGGGAAGAUCAGCUACCGGAACACGGAACUGCAGCUUCAGGACCCCUCCCAGGUGGAGAGGGAGAUAUAUAAAGCCCAGAACACCAUAGCUGGGAUUGGAGUUGGCAUUAGCCACGAGCUCAUCACUCUGGAGAUCACCUCCCGUGAGGUCCCGGAUCUGACCCUCAUUGAUCUUCCCGGCAUUGCCAGGGUGGCCGUGGGAAACCAGCCCCAGGACAUUGGACUGCAGAUCAAGCAACUCAUCAGGAAAUACAUCCAGAGGCAACAGACAAUCAACUUGGUGGUGGUCCCCUGCAACGUGGACAUCGCCACCACAGAGGCACUCAGCAUGGCCCAGGAGGUGGACCCCGAAGGAGACAGGACCAUAGGGAUCCUGACCAAACCAGACCUGGUGGACAAGGGCACUGAAAAAGUUGUCGUGAACGUGGUCCAGAACCUCACAUACCGUCUCAAGAAGGGCUACAUGAUUGUGAAAUGCCGGGGCCAGCAGGACAUCACAAACAAGCUGAGCUUGGCAGAGGCGACCAAGAAAGAAAUGAUGUUCUUUCAAACACAUCCAUAUUUCAGAGCCCUCCUGGAGGAAGGGAAGGCCACGGUGCCCCGUCUGGCAGAAAGACUCACCUCCGAGCUCAUCUUUCAUAUCAAUAAAUCACUCCCGUUGUUAGAAAAUCAAAUCAGGGAGAGCCACCAGAGUGCGACAGAGGAGCUGCGCCAGUGUGGGGAAAACGUCCCCACCACUGAUGCCGAUAAGAUGUUCUUUCUGAUUGAGAAAGUUAAAGUGUUUAAUCGGGACAUUGAAAAGUUAGUACAAGGAGAAGAAAUAGUAAAGGAAAAAGAUACCCGCCUAUACAACAAACUCAGAGAGGAGUUUCAAAACUGGAUACUCAUACUUUCAAACAAUACCCAACAAGUUAAAAAAGUUAUUCACGAAGAAGUCUCAAAAUAUGACAAGCAGUAUCGCGGCAAAGAACUGGUGGGGUUUGUCAACUACAAGACGUUCGAGACCAUCGUGCAGCAGUACAUGGAACAACUGGUAGACCCCGCACUCGACAUGCUCCAGAAGGCUGUUGAAAUUGUCCGGCAAAAUUUCGUUGACACAGCCAAAAAACAUUUUGACGAGUUUGCCAACCUUAAUCAAAUAGCCCAGAACAAGAUUGAAGACAUAAAAGGGAAACAAAUGCAAACGGCAGAAAAUUUGAUCCGCCUUCAGUUCAGGAUGGAGCAGCUGGUUUAUUGUCAAGACCAGAUUUACAGCUCGGUUCUGAGAAAAGUCCGAAACGAGGUCUUUAACCCGCUCGAAAAGCCUUUACAGAAUCCUCCAUUGAAAUCGUCUUUUUCAAAUGAUGAGUCUUCGAUUUCCUCCAUCACUGAAAUCGGGGUACACCUGAAUGCAUACUUCUUGGAAACCAGCAACCGUCUCGCCAACCAGAUCCCAUUCAUAAUUCAGUAUUUUGUGCUCCAAGAGAAUGGCGAUCACUUGGGGAAAGCCAUGAUGCAGAUACUGCAGGAGAAGGAACACUACUCCUGGCUGCUUCAGGAGCAGAGUGAGACCGCCAACAAGAGGAGAUUCCUCAAGGAGAAAAUUUACCGGCUCACACAGGCACGGCGUGCUCUCUGUAAAUUCUCCUGCUAAAGGCGGGGGACGGAUGGAAGGGCAGCCAUACUUUGUGGCUCAUCUUAUGUGCAUUCAUUGUAAGGCGAAGUGGUACAGGAAGUGGCUUGUCGUUCGGGGCCAAACUUUCCCAAAGCUGUCUGUGUUCAACUUGGCUGUGCUGCAAUCGCCACCAGAGUUUUCGCAGGCAGUCCACAUGUGCUCAGAGCUGUCACUUCCACCAACCUGAAGAGGUGGCUCUCCAGUCCUUAGUCCCCUUGGCCUCCAAUUACAGCAUUCUUCAAUACUGCUAUCAUUCUUUGUUAAUUUGAUUCCCCCCACCCAUCAGGUUAGGAGACCCUAGAGGGGGAGGUCAGUAUUAUAUUCUUCUUUUGUAUUUCCAGAAUCUUGCAUGGCAGCUGGCACAGAGUAGCCGCUUAAUAAAUAAUAUCUCAUUAAACAAACGAAUAAUAGAGAUUACCUAGGGCUAUGGCUUCAAUUCAGACUUUGGUGAUUUGGCUUGGUGUCCGUCAGCUGGUCCCUUUCAGAUGAAUUUGGUCAUGCCACCUGCUGCGAUCCUGUUUCCCAGCUCUCCAGGAGAAGCAGGCUUGGAGGAUGUACCAUUUUUAAUUUGUAUGAUUUGCAUGGUUGCGACCAGCUCCCAUGGCUAUGUUAAGUCUCCUGAAGGGAAAUUCAGUAAGGAAAAGCAUUUUUUAAAAAAAUACAGAGCUUCGUACUAGUACUCAUCUCCAGAUGGGAGGAUUAUGGCUAAUUUUAUUUUCUUCUUCACACUAAGCGAUAACGGGAAUCACAGGAAUUUUAGGAAGGUUAAGUAAAACCAUUUCUACCAACUACCUGUCCUAGAGCAGGUGUUCAAAAAUGCCAACCAUGCUUCCUCCGUCAAAGACCUCUUGUAUUCUUUAUCGCUAGGUUCAAAAAGAAGCCCUCACUCCUGAAGCUCUUCCAGCCAGCUCCUAUGUUUAGUUCUUUGAUAUCUUUUUGAGUCAAUUUUUGUAUAUGGUGUUAGAUAAGAGUCCAGUUUCGUCAUUUUGCGUGUGGAUCUUCAGUUUUCCCAGCCCCAUUUGUUGCAAAAACUGUCCUUUCUGAUGGACCUUGGUACCCUUAUCAAGAAUCCUUUGACUGGAUGUGCGAGGGUUUAUUUCUGGGCCGUCUGUUCCAUUCCAUUGGUCUACAUAUAUGUCGGUCUAUAUGCCAGUGGCACACAGUUUUGAUAACUAGCUUUGUAGUGUUUCAAAAUCUGGAAGUGUGAGUCCUUCAACUUUGUUCCUCUUUGUCAGGAUUAUUUUGUCUAUUUAGGGUCUCUUGAGAUGCCAUUUGAAUUUUAGGAUUUUUUUUUUUAAUUUCUCCAAAAAAAUGUCGCUGGGAUUUUGAUAGGAAUUGCACUGAAUCUGUACAUUGCUUGGGUAGUAUUUGCACCUUAAUAAUAUUAAGUCUUCCAAUCACAAACACAGGAUGUCUUUUCAAUUUUUAAAAAUUUCUUUAAGUGAUGUUUUGCAGUUUUCACUGUACAAGUCUUUCACUUCCUUGAUUAAGUUAAUGCCUAAGUAUUGUAUUCCUUUUGAAGCUAUUGCAAAUGUAAAUGUUUUCUUAAUUUUCUUUUCAGGUUAUUCAUUGUUAGCCUACAGAAAUGCAACUGGUUUUAAUGUGUUGAUUUUGUAUCUUGCCACUUUGUUGAAUUCAUUUAUUAGUUAUAACAGUUUUCGUGGAAUCUUUAUGGUUUGCUUUUCCGCAUAUAAGUUCGUAUCAUCUGUGAACAGAGAUAAUUUUACUUCUUCCUUUCUGGUACGGUUUAUUUCUUUAUGUUACCUAAUUGCUUGGGCUAGAACUUCCAACACUGUUGAAUGAAAGCAAAAGUAGCAUGAAAGCAUCCUUGUCUAAAGUUACUCUGGUUUUAAAGAACGUUUGUGAUAUUGAAGCUGAAAAUGAAGAGAACUGAAAAGACAAAACACUGGCCUUAGUUUGGGUGUCCUCUACUGGCUUUUUUAAAAUUUGGCUUUUCCCCCUCAUUUUGUGAGUUAGGUCAAUGUGCAGAUAGUUAGAAGCAGAGCUAAAGAGAAGAAUUAAAUCUCUUCAAAUGAUAAGCACUGUUGUGAAA